UAAUUCUUCUUAACCCUAGAUCACUAAACAUUAGUCUCACAGGCUACACGACUCUGACGCAUUCGCUGUUUAUGUAUGUUCCCGUUACCGCACCCCCCUCAGCCGCUCAGUACCUUCCUAAUUCGGCCAAUCAGUGACCCGUGAACUCGCAUUGCGUACGCACGCUUCCUACUUCCAGAGAUAUUACGCAAUAGUAGUCUCUCAGGCUAAUGUUUAGUAAUUGCGCCACAAAAGUGAAGAAAGAUGGAUUUGAUACGAGAUCAAGAUAAAAUAUUGCAGAUUUUGAACGAGUCAGAUAAUGACGAUGACGAUUCACCAUUUUUUGGACCAUCUGGUGUGCCUUCGGACUCCGAACCUGAUGACAACUUAGAGGAGGACUUAGUCGAGGAUACCGACGAAAUUGAAGAUGAUUCGUCGAGUUCUUCUGAUGAAGAUCUAAAUGUUUCCCGGAGAAGCCGUAACAGAAACAGAAUCCUAGAUUCUGAUGAUGAUUCUUUGGAGUGUUUGCAGCCUUGUCCACCCAUAGCUUCUCACCAGGAUCUGGUAAUACAACCUGAGAGACCAUACAUUUAUGGAAAAAACAAACAUAAGUGGGCAACUACUCCACGCUCUUCAAACACUCGUGCAUCGGCUCGAAACAUUAUUCAUUUUGUACCCGGACCUAACAGUGAUGCAAGAGAUUUGGUAGAACCACUUCCAAUAUUUCAUUUGUAUUUAUCUGAUGAAAUGAUUGACCAACUUGUUAUUUACACAAAUGCAGAGAUUGAAAUAAAAAAGGUGAAGUACAAGGAACUCACUCAUACUAUUUCUCCAACUUCAGCUAUUGAACUAAAAGCUUUACUGGGUCUUCUUAUGCAAUCAGCUGCUAUAAAAAGUAAUCAUUUACCCACGAGAAUAUUGUUUGAUGACAGAAGGAGUGGUAACAUUUUCAAAGCCUGCAUGAGCGCUGAGAGAUUUGAUUUCUUGCUUAAAUGCCUUCGAUUUGAUGACAAAGCUACCAGACAAGACAGAAGAGCAUCCGAUAAAUUUGCACCUAUAAGAGAAUUCUGGGAGAAAUUCAUUGGUCAUUGCAAACAAUGGUACAAGCCAAGUUCCUAUCUGACAAUCGAUGAGCAAUUAGUUGGGUUCAGAGGGCGCUGCCCAUUUCGAAUUUAUAUACCCAAUAAGCCUAACAAGUACGGCAUAAAAAUUGUAAUGGUUGCAGAUUCUAAUUCAAAGUACGUAUACAAUGCUACGCCUUAUUUGGGUAAAGGAACCAAUUGCGAUAAUAUGCCUCUUGCCACACAUUUUGUGAAACAACUCUGUGAGCCUGUCUAUGGGACAAACAGAAAUAUUACGAUGGACAACUGGUUCACUUCAGUGCCACUUGCUUCAGAAUUACUUCAGGACCCGUAUAAACUCACACUUGUUGGGACAAUACGUAGUAAUAAGCGAGAGAUUCCACCUGAGAUGAAAAACAAAAAAUCAAGAAAGAUUCAUACUUCGAUGUUUGCAUUUGAUGGUGAGAAGACUCUGGUCUCGUAUAAACCAAAAUCUAACAAGACAGUAUUUCUUCUUUCGACAGUACACAGUCAGCCAGACAUUAACUCCACUUCGAAAAAGCCUGAAAUUAUACAUUUUUAUAAUAGUACCAAAGGUGCUGUCGACACUGUCGACCAAAUGUGCUCAGCUAUAUGUGUCAAUCGCAAAACCAAUAGAUGGCCUCAAUGCGUGUUUUAUAAUGUCUUGAACCUGUGCCUAAUUAAUUCAUAUGUCAUCUAUGUGUCGAACAUGGUCAGAGAACGGCAAAAACCAAUGAGACGUAGGAGUUUCGUCCAAAGUUUAGCCGAUAAGCUCAUAGAGCCAUGGUUACGAGAGCGGUAUAACACUGUCACUUUGAGGAGGGAUAUAAAAGCUAGUAUUAAAGAUAUUUUAAAAAUUGAAGAUGCUACUCCUAGUACCUCUCAAGCGCAACAAAAUAAGCGUAAAAUAUGUUCUUUUUGUCCUUACAAAAAACACAGGAUGACUAAAUAUGUUUGCAGCCGCUGCAAGACGGCGAUUUGCGGGGAACAUACGGUUCCAGUGUGUGCCGACUGCCAAGAAUAAUUUUUUUUAACCUUUUGUUUUAUUAUGUGGUAAUUUAAAAGACAUUCCAUAUUUUAAGUAGACUUUUUCUAAAUAAAUACUCUAGUUUUGAUAAA